AUGCCGAACACUGCACCUCCCGCACAACAACCCCUGCCCCCCAGUCAGCACCCCGGGGACCCCAAUCGGGACCAGAGCCCAGCUGAAUACUCGUCUGCCGCCGAAUCCGAUAACGAGCUGCUCGGCGCCAAUGGCUCGGGCAGCUCGCGGACGUUGAAGCGCAAGCGCCCCCUCACCGUGUCUUGUGAGCUCUGCAAGCAGCGCAAAGUCAAGUGCGAUCGCGUACAGCCAAGUUGUGGCUGGUGCACUCGCAAUGGCCAACUGUGCGAGUACAGAGAGCGCAAGAAGCCAGGCCUGAGAGCUGGAUAUGGCAAGGAAUUGGAGCAACGACUCGAUCGACUAGAAGAAGUCAUCAAGGCGCAAGCUCGACUCAUUGAGAUGCACAUCCUUCAGCCAGCAAUGCGCCAGGAUGUACAUCACGCUGGAUCGAUCGCAUACAGCUCUCCCUCAGAACCAUCAGCGGUUCAUGGUCCCAGUCCCCGAGGCGCACUUUACUUCAAUGAUCCCUCCUCAUCGGUAGCGCUGCCUUCACGCCGUGCGGACGUUUCUAUUCCGAGUCCAUCGGAUACAUCAGUCAAGAACCUGGUGCACAAUCCUUUGCAACCCGGGGUUCCUCCGUCGGCGAUGGGCACGUUGCCACCAGCACCCAACGCUCAACGCACCGACUACACUGGAAACGAAUCGUCGUUGGAGGUUCCUGUUAGCCUGUUUGCCAACCAAGAGCACUCUCUUACGGAUCCAGAUCUCGACCUUCCUCCCUACGAUCUACUUUACGCGCUAGUGGAUCUUUAUUUCGAGCAUAUCAACUCCUGGUGCCCUAUUCUUCAUCGUCGAUCCACACUGGAUACUUUCUUCGGACCAUCUCCUCUCGAAGAAGCCGAUCGAAUGGUACUGUACUCGAUUGUGGCAACAACACUGCGCUUCUCCACAGACAGCAGGCUCAACGAACAAAACCGGAAGCGUUAUCAUGACUCUUCCAAGCAAAAGGUUCUUCUGUACGGGUUGGAGAAUUCCUCCGUGAAAGCUCUUCAAGCCCUCGUGAUUUUAGCGCUGGACUUGGUCGGUUCUUCUAAUGGACCGCCCGGAUGGAAGCUCCUUGCCUUAAUUACCAGAUCUGUGGUACAGCUUGGGUUGGCAGUGGAGUCUAAGUCUUCACUCAUCGCCCCUGUUUACCCAUCCAUCUACACUCUCCGAGCUGUCACUCUGUCAGAGCCAGAUUCAUGGAUUGAAGACGAGAGCAGACGACGACUCUUCUGGAUGGUUUACCUGCUGGACCGUUAUUCAACCAUUGCCACAGCGUUCAAUUUCGCCUUGGACGACAAGGACAUUGACCGCAAGCUUCCCUGCAAGGAUGAAUUCUUCAUGAAGAACCAGCCCGUGGAAACCAGACGUUUCCAUUGCUCGAGUGACCGUGCCGAUUACUUGAGCCAUGCCGAGAAUGUCGGAUCUUUCGGUUUAUACAUCGAGAUUCUGGGUAUUCUUUCCCGUAUUCACGUAUUUCUGAAGCGGCCUGUGGAUAUUGGUUCACUGUCAGACGUGGAAGAAUGGCAGGCGACGUAUCGCAAACUCGACAGCGAACUGACAUCGUGGGAGUUCAAUCUACCCGCCGAGUACGCCUAUGAGAACUCCUCCCGCCUCUUCAGUGGAUCAAAGCAAAGUCGGACUCUACACAGUGACUGGGUACAGCUUCAUGCCACAUACCAAACCGCUGUAAUCCGUCUACAUUCAUCCGCCGCCUAUCCAACAACCCGCUCCCCAAUUUUCACACCAUCCUACAGCGCCAGCCAAAGAUGCCUCCUAGCAGUCGACAACAUCCUCUCCGUAACUCGCUUCGUCGUCGAAAACAACAUGCUCGACAAACUCGGACCCCCCUUCGCCUUCACCCUCUGGGUAUCAGCCCGCCUCCUCCUAGUCCACGGCUCCACAAUCGCCCACACCGUCAGCCCAGACAUCCUCUUCUUCGUCGACACCCUAGCCCGCAUGGGCUACCACUGGAAAGUCGCAGAACGCUACAGUAACAUCCUACAACGCGUCCUAGACGAAUACGGCGAAUACCAGCAAUCCGGCGCAAUCGACGGCGAAAGAUCCACACCCUCAACAGUCAAGAUCCUCGCCGACAUGCGCCGCUGCGCAUUCGAUCUUGACUUCCUGAUCUCUCGUCAACCACGUGAAUCACCCUCAAUGACAAGCGCAGCAGGAAAUGACCCCGCCCGUGCCUCGGCGUCUGCUAUCCCGCCCCGAAACCUGGCUCCCAAUGAACUCGAGUAUCUGGAUGUCUUUGGCUUCUUCAAUGUCCCACGGGUUCCGCCUGCGCGCGCACCGGACCCCUCGGCUGCGGGGCACCUUGAGAUGACCGAGUCAGUUCCGAAUCCCAUGUCUAUUCAUGGUCUUACUGGGACUGAGCCGGUUGCCGAUGCGAAUGCUCCUGUCAAUGCGAAUGAAUUUAAUAUUACGAAUUACCUGAUUCCGACGCCAGAGACGGACUGGCUUUUCCGGCCGGGCGGUUGA